UUAAAAAUAAUCAAAUUCAGGAGCUUAAAAACCGGUCAAAGUCAAAUCCCUCCUUCCAGUAUCGAGCAUCCACUGCUGGUGCGCGAAACCUGGAUUCAAACCCACCAAUUCCACCGUUACUAAACUUCAGGAGAUCUCACAGUGAAAACAAAUCCAAGGCCCCGGACGCGGAUUCAUGGCUGCCCCGAUCAGUUUCCUCCACACAAAGUACUUGAAAGCAAAACCAAUGGCCAUCCCCGCCAAAGAUUUCUAAACAAAUUGAAAAAAGAACAAAAAAACUAGAGCGGAAAUGGCGCAGGCACAACCCGAAGAGAAGCCUACAGAAGAUUCCCGAGAGAAGGAAACAAUGAAAGACACGAUAACACAGGGUAGCGAUGAUAGCAGUAGUGGUGCCGGAGCCAAUGGAGUAUCGUUCAAAUUCAAUGCGCAGGCGCCGGAGUUUGUGCCGAGGUCGCAUACUCAGAUGCCGAUGUCCGGCUAUUUUUACCCUUAUUUUCGUUAUCUCGGCGGCUCUACUUCUGGGUCCGACUGGUUCUUUGUCGGGGAUCAAGAACCCGCCGCGUUCUUCAUCUCAAACCCCUCUGUUUCAUUGCCUUAUGCAAAAUCAUCCUCCUCCAAGAGUAUUCUCUCCGAUGAUCUCCGCCAGAAGAUCAUCAAGCAGGUGGAAUACCAAUUCAGUGACAUGAGUCUUCUGGCAAAUGAGUAUCUGUCCAAACAGAUAAGUAAAGAUGUUGAAGGCUAUGUGCCAAUUUCCGUUGUUGCUUCAGCAAAGAAGAUUAGAUCACUCACUAGUAAUCACCAUUUGAUUGCUCAAGCCCUUCGAUCCUCGUCAAAACUCAUUGUGAAUGAGGACGGUAAGAAGAUCAAACGCAAAUAUCCUUUCAUUGAGAAAGACAGAGAGGAAUUACAGUCCCGCACUGUUGUGGCUGAGAAUUUACCCGAAGAUCACUCUUACCAGAACUUGGAGAAAAUAUUUGGUGUUGUUGGAAGAAUGAAAACAAUUAGAAUAUGCCAUCCUCAGGAAUCCAACCCUUCUCGCCCCAAAGGUGAUUUCCUAGUGAGUAACAAGCUUCAUGCACUUGUGGAAUACGAGAGUGCAGAUAUUGCUGAGAAAGCGGUUGAGAAGUUGAAUGAUGAAAGAAACUGGAGAAAAGGGCUUCGAGUGAGGUUGCUGCUUAGAUGCUCACCAAAAUCUGUUCUAAAGAACAGAAAGUCAGACUUUGAUGGCCUUUUAGAAGAUGAAGAUGCUCCUGCUUCUGAAUCAAUUGAAGACUAUCUGCAGUCGAACAAUAUAGAAUCCGGUACCGAGAACAAUGCUGAAGAAAAUUCGGGGGGACUGAAGAGAGGAUGGGCGAAAGGCCGUGGAAAGGGUCGCGGACGCGUUCAAAGCCACGGCGGACGUGGCCUGCUCGCUCCAUCUCCUCAGUCCAGCACUGCAACGCAGUUUGAAGUUACCGGGAAACAGACUACCAGAGGUCCAAGAAUGCCAGACGGAACAAGAGGAUUCACAAUGGGACGAGGCAAGCCACUGAACCUGACUGUGGAGUGAUGGAUUGAUUCUCCUCCAUUUUUGUUCUUGAUCUACAUAUAUAUAUAAUUAAUUACUUCUACACCUUGAAAUAAUCUAUCUACAUAUAUAUAUAUACAUACAUACAGUAAUAAUUCAGGAUGUAUAGAGUAGGAUGGAUUGUCAUUUCACAAGGCUUUUCUUUUUAUUAUAUGAUUUUACAGCCUACGCAAGGUUCAUUUU